UUCCAGAAGCAAGGUGGCUGCCUACUAUUUAACUGCUGAGCGUUGCGCGCCCGAGUUCUAAUUUCCCCACCUUUCUACCUUCGUACGCUCGUUCACCACCACCACCGCAACCAUGAAGGCCUUAAUUCUUGUCGGCGGCUUCGGCACUCGCCUGCGUCCUCUCACUCUGACCCUGCCGAAACCGCUCGUGGAGUUCGGCAACAAGCGGAUGAUUCUGCACCAGAUCGAGGCCCUUGCCGCUGCUGGUGUCACCGACAUUGUCUUGGCCGUGAACUAUCGCCCUGAGAUUAUGGAGAAGUACCUCGCCGAGUACGAGAAGCAAUUCGGGAUCAACAUCACCAUCUCGAUCGAGAACGAACCCCUGGGCACCGCCGGCCCCCUGAAGCUUGCCGAGGAGGUUCUAACAAAGGACGACUCGCCGUUCUUCGUCCUCAACUCUGAUAUCACGUGCGAAUACCCCUUUAAGCAGCUCGCCGAAUUCCACAAAUCACACGGUGACGAGGGCACCAUCGUGGUAACCAAGGUGGAGGAGCCGUCGAAGUACGGUGUCAUCGUCCACAAGCCAAACCACCCCUCGCGUAUCGACCGCUUCGUCGAGAAGCCCGUCGAGUUCGUCGGCAACCGUAUCAAUGCCGGUAUCUACAUCCUCAACACCUCGGUGCUGAAGCGCAUCGAGCUGCGACCCACAUCCAUCGAGCAGGAGACGUUCCCGGCCAUGGUCAAGGACGGGCAGCUGCACUCGUUCGACCUCGAGGGCUUCUGGAUGGAUGUUGGGCAACCGAAAGACUUCCUCACAGGCACCUGCUUGUAUCUGUCUUCGCUUGCGAAGAAGGGCUCCAAGCUGCUCACACCGGCCACAGAGCCAUACGUCUACGGCGGCAACGUGCUGAUCGACCCCUCGGCCAAGAUCGGCAAGAACUGCAGGAUAGGACCGAACGUGACGAUCGGCCCGGACGUCGUGGUGGGCGACGGAGUCCGGCUGCAGCGCUGCGUGCUGAUGGCAGGGUCCAAGGUCAAGGACCACGCCUGGGUCAAGAGCACCAUCGUCGGCUGGAACAGCACAGUCGGAAAAUGGGCGCGCCUCGAGAACGUGACGGUCCUGGGCGACGACGUCACCAUCGGGGAUGAGAUCUACGUCAACGGCGGCAGCAUCCUGCCGCAUAAGACCAUCAAGGCAAACGUCGACGUGCCUGCUAUCAUCAUGUGAACGGAGCCAUAACCAACGUUCCGCGAUUAUUUCUAUUUUUGCCGCCGGUCUUUACGAUCUCACCUCCUUUUUUUCGCUUUUAAUUCGGAUCCCCUUCUGUAGCCCCCUUUUCUAAUACUGAGACGGAGGCGGAGCGCGCGAAACGCAUACCACU